UUACCUUAUUAACUUGACUUAACUCUCACACAUCCUAAUGUUUAGCUCAGUGGAUAAAAUCACAUGGAUUAAGAAAAUUAACAACGCUUUAUCUAUCUUUAUUAAACGAAUCUUCCAUUCUCCAAAAUGGCUCGCACUCUGUUCCACAUUGGAAUUUCAAUGCUAUAUAAUAUUACCGUGCCGGUGACUCUACUAUAAUCAAGCUACUUUGAUCCGAAUCCCAAACUCACACAAAUCACACGCUUCCCAUUCCGUUCACAAAACCGUUAUUCCCUCCGUAACAGAUCCAACAAGUAGUUGCGUCAUCAUCGCCGACAACUCUCCGGUAACAGAUCCACCGCUCUUUCAUUUUCCGUUUCCGAACUACAUUUGAGUGACUCAUUGAUGGAACCGACAUCUGUUGCAACUCCUCCAGCUUCUAGCACCGAGAAUUACUCGACCAAAGUAACAGCUGAAAAUGGCAAUGCACAUGAUUCACCAUCCUUGUCACCAGCUUCUGGUAUGUCUUCCUGGGCAAGAAAUCUGAGGCUUGGGGCAGCAGAUCAGAACUCACAGACUGAGAACAAUGGCAUGUCGGUAUUUGCUCGCUUGACUAGUGGGAUUGGACUACGAGGUCCUUCAAAUGAGACUGCUACGGCCAAUUCAGGACCCGAUCAAAGUAAUUUAAUUGAAUCACUCACCAAAGGGUUGAUGGACUCUUCGAAGAAUGCAGUAAAAGCGGUGCAGACCAAAGCACGCCAUAUUGUCUCUCAAAAUAAACGCAGAUACCAGGAAGGUGGGUUUGAUUUGGAUAUGACAUACAUCACUGACAAUAUAAUAGCUAUGGGAUUUCCUGGUGGUGAUUUUAGCUCUGGAAUUUUCGGGUACAUUGAGGGGUUCUAUCGAAAUCACAUGGAAGAAGUAAUCAAGUUUUUUGAAACUCAUCAUAAGGGAAAAUACAAAGUAUACAAUCUUUGUUCAGAGAGGUUGUACGAUGGAUCGCUUUUCCAAGGGAAGGUUGCAAGCUUCCCUUUUAGUGAUCAUAAUUGCCCUCCUAUUCAACUUAUAGCAUCAUUUUGUCAAAGUGCAUAUUCAUGGUUGAAGGAGGAUAUCCAGAAUGUAGUAGUUGUUCAUUGUAAAGCAGGUAUGGGAAGGACAGGAUUGAUGAUUUGCAGUCUUCUUUUGUUGCUUAAGUUCUUCCCCACUGCUGAGGAAGCCAUUAAUUGCUUUAACCAGAAAAGAUGUAUAGAUGGAAAGGCUCUAACUCUCCCAAGUCAGAUUAGAUAUGUCAAAUACUUUGAACGGACUUUAACACACUUCAAUGGAGAAGUCCAGCCUGGACGAAGGUGUAUGCUAAGAGGAUUUCGGCUUCACAAAUGCCCUUAUUGGGUUAGACCAUCCAUUACAAUUUCUGAUCAUAAUGGAAUUCUUUUCACAACAAAAAAGCAUCCCAAGACAAAGGAUCUAAUGCCAGAAGAUUUCUGGAUCAAUGCACCAAAGAAAGGAAUUGUGGUCUUUGCUUUACCUGGGGAGCCUGGUGUGACAGAAUUGGUUGGGGACUUCAAAAUUCAUUUUCAUGAUCGACAGGGAGAUUUCUUCUGUUGGAUGAAUACAACAAUGAUAGAGAACAGAAAUUUUUUAGAUGGCUCAGAUCUUGAUGAUUUUGACAAGAGAAAGAUCCCUUCUCCAGGGUUCCAGGUCGAAAUUGUGAUGGUAGACUAUAAUGGCACUCUACCUGGAAAAGUCAAAUCUGCGAGCAAAGGAUCUGAUGGCAACAAAAACAAUGUCUUAUCCAGUGCAAAGCCUACAUCUAAUACAAGUGAAAGUAAGGGACCUACAAACGGAGAUGAUGAUGUAUUCUCAGAUAGUGACGAAGAGGAGACCAAGGGAAAACAAAAGAGAGAAGCUGCAACUGAUUACAAAUAUAUGGAACCUCAUCAAGCAUCUGAAACCACUGGGCAUGUAGAGAUGUUGGCACACUCAACGAAACAGUUGUCACUUCAGCAUGCGAAACUUACAGAAAACAAUGCUUCUAAAGAAUCAACUACAGAUAAACUUCAUAAAACUCAUGUGGGUCCUAACACCUCCAAUAUGGAAUCUGCAGGGGCAAGUGAAAUCAAGUCAAUUGCAGCAGAUGCUUCCGUUUUUUCUUUUGGAGAUGAAGAUUUUGAGAGUGAUUCAGAGGAGGCUGGUUGAACUCUAAUUCAACUUUGUUGCUAUUCAGGAAUUCGUGUAUAGCUCUUUCCAUAGAGAUCAUAUCCACAUGUAAAAGGAUCAGGCACAUUAUGUAACUCAUUGCAUUUACCCCUUCAUGUUUUUAAAUAACCCUUUCCUGUAUUUUAUCAUUUAAAUUUUGUAUAUUUUAAAGGUUACACUUUCAUAACUUUUCCAGAGUCCAUAUGAUUUUCCUCUUUGUCCUUGAGGUACUUAGGACUAUUAUAACACCCUUAUGUUUGAAAAUCUGAUUUAGUGCCAAGGUACAUCAUUUCA